GACCAUAAGUCUUCUAAACGAAAGACCUGCAAGAAGAGUCGGAUUCUUUUGCUUUGUUUAUUUUAAAGCAGAUGUUCAUACAAAAAUGUAUGAAAUGGUCAAACAAUUGGCUUAUUUCAUUCAAUUUCAAGAAAUAUAUUAUGAAUUUAUUUAUUUAUUUUUUAAAGAGGUUUUAGCAAAAUAGUCAUUUGCCUCCGAUAUAUGAACCAGUUAGCCUAGUGGUUAAGGCUAUGGAUCGCCAAUCCGGAGACGGCGGGUUCGAUUCCCGUUUCGGUCGGGACAAUUUUCUCGACUCCCUGGUCAUAGAGUAUUAUUGUACUUGCCUCACAAUGUUACAAAAUUCAUGCAAUGGCAGGCAAAGAAAGCCCUUCAAUUAAUAACUGUGGAAGUGCUCAAAGAACACUAAGUUGAAGCGAGGCAGCCCAAGUCCCAGUGGGGACGUCGAGCCAUAAAGAAGAAGAAGAAGAAGAAGCAUAUCUUUUUAUUUUUGACAUGAUUUUUUUGAAAAGACCGUCUAAAGUAUGAAAAAAGUAGUUCAUGCUAGAAAUUUGAAUACUUUGGGUACCAUUUCUCAAAAUCUGAGGCGUCAAAUGUAUAUUAUUCCAGCCAGAAUACAGUCUAGAAGAUAUUGGGAGCUAUUAGAAGAUGUAAUAGUUGUAAACGUUAUUAUAGAAAGGGCAACAAAUGCCCUAUGGAUAUGUAAGCGAACUUUCGGAAACAAAUGGGGACUAAGGCCUGCUAUGAUUCACUGGAUAUAUACGGCCAUUAUCAGACCUAGAAUCAUUUAUGCUUCUUUAGUAUGGUGGACCAAAACUAAAGAAAAAUGUAGUAUCAAAAAGCUAGAAAAACUUCAAAGACUAGCUACUGUUUGUACAACAGGUGCAAUGCGCAGCACACCUACGAAAGCUUUAGAUGCAAUUUUGAAUCUUUUGCCACUUCAUCAGUUCAUUCAAUUGGAAGCAGACAAAAGCGCGCUUCGUAUUAAGCAAUACAAAUCUCUCUUUGAUGGUGACAUCAAAGGACAUUUAAGUAUUUUGAAAGAUAUCAAAAUUAAUCCAUUGAUUACAGUCAACAAUGACUGGAUGGAAGCAAAAUUCAAUUUUGAUCGUAUGUUUAAUGUGAUAGAACCAGAUCGUACUGUUUGGACCGUGGAAGGACCACAUCUUCGACCUGGAUCUAUAAUAUUCUACACUGACGGAUCGAAACAAAAUGAUCAAACAGGAGCAGGAGUAACAGGUCCUGGUGUAAAUCUCUCAGUUUCAAUGGGAAGAUGGCCAACCGUCUUCCAAGCUGAAAUACAAGCAAUUUUGGAAUGUGUUUCUAUUUGUUUAAAAAGAAAGUAUAAACAUACUAACAUUUGUAUAUUCUCCGAUAGUCAAGCAGCUUUAUCUGCUUUGAAAUCGUUUACAUGUACAUCAAAGAUAGUAUGGGAAUGUGUUCUCUUACUUCAACAAUUAUGUAUCAAUAAUACAGUCAAUAUUUACUGGGUACCAGGGCAUUGUGGUAUCGAUGGUAAUGAAAAGGCUGAUGAAUUAGCCAGGAUCGGAUCAAACCAACCAUUUCUAGGGCCAGAGCCAUUUUGCGGAGUCUCAAAAUGUUCUGUCCAUAUGGAACUCAGGAACUGGGAACAAAAGAUGGUGAUUACGAACUGGGGGAAUGCUGUUGCAUGUCGGCAAUCCAAAAAAAUUAUAAUGCCUAAUAUAUCGAAUACACAAAAGCUUUUACUCUUGUCAAAAAAUGAACUGUGUUCGUACACAGGGCUAAUUACAGGACAUUGCCCUGUUAGAUAUCAUCUGAAAUUAAUGGGCAAAGCUGAAAACGAUAUUUGUCGCUUUUGUAAGGAGGAUAGUGAAACCUCCGAGCAUUUAUUAUGCAGUUGUCCUACUCUUUUCAACAGAAGUGCGAUUUUCUUUGAUAAGGGACUUUUACAGCCCUUUGAAGUAUGGUUUUCAAAUCCAAGUAAGGUAGUGCGUUUCAUACGGCACAUUAUACCUAGCUGGGAUGAUACCUAGGUCUUGCGUUGAUGAUUUCUGACAUAUAGAAAUUAAUCACCUUGACAAGGUACAAUUAGUAAAAUGGGUUGUGUAUCACAAAAGAUCAAAUAUGGUCACAGUGAUAAUAUACCCGACAAAAAAAAAACGCUAUUAUGUAUGCAAGUGAUACUAUCGUAUUUCAUCAAAACAAUACUUAAAUACGUAAUUUUUUGAAGGUUUGUGGCAUUUUUUACUGUUAAAAACUUUGUUUUUCGUAGAUUUUUAACCUGCACUCGUUAUGAUACUUUUAUUAGAAUCUUUUAAAACACUUCAGAUGAAACUACCUGCAUAUAAAAACUUGAAUUUGGAAACAUUUUUAAUGUUAUAACAUAUUCAUAUGAAAUGCAUGUAAAAUAAUAUGGCAACGAAAACGAUCAAAUUUAUGAUUCACAAGUGGUCGGGGUUCUGCUAAACCGAACCAAAGACCAUUUUUUGAAAAAUUGAGUUUUCUUAACCAUUAGAUGAAGAAUAUGAUGAUCUUCCUUCCGUGUAUCCAGUAAUUGUGACAGCUCUCCGUGGAGUAAAUUAAAAAUUUAGGUUUGGCAGAACAUUAAAAAAAUAAAACUGCAUCCAACCAGAGUGAACUGUAAACCAAUCGAUUCCAGAUGAUGAACAUUUCAAAUUCUCUUCAUCGCCGUCAGAUUUCUAACUUCUAACCGACUCAUAGUAACAAUCUGUGAGAGAAUUUAACACGUAAUUAAAAAACAAGUGUUGGAGGAUCCAAUUAUGUUUCGAUGGCGUUGAUCGCGAUUUUUCCAAAUCACAUUCAGCCAGACCGAACCAAAUCCACUGCAUUAUAGAAUCAAUGUAUUCUCAACAGUACAAAAAUCAACUGGCUUUGAAUACAUGCGUUAUGUCGAUACACCUCAUACUGAUAAUUUAACCCUGAAGCCGUCAUUACUAGGAUAAUAAAGCUUGAAAAAAUCCAAACAGUUGGUUCACUUUGGCUGAUCAAAAAACGUCGUUUUCACGAAAACCAUCCUUGAGAAGAAUGUUUAAAACUUGAUGCAGACUUAACAACUGACCUUCAGCUAGGUAAAAUGACCUAGAGGUAACGCGCUUGGUUAUCACUUAAAUGAUCCAUGUUCGAAUCUCUUUCAUAUUUUAGAAAACUUUUUUGUACUUAGUUCACUUUGGCAGAACAUUUUCAGGGUUUUCUUCGACCAGCAUAAAUUUGAAGUACACAAAUUGCUCCACUUUUACAUCUCAAGACCUCCAGGGCAUGCACGGACAUCAUUUGACAUAAUCACUCUUGCUUUGUGCCUGCACAAUACGCAUGCACCGCCUAUAAAAUAAAAACAUGAGAGGGAAGGAAUGAGCUGGGAAAGCUUCUGCCGUUCACUUUUCAAACUAUUUUGAGUCCUCUGUGCUACCAUACUACGCGUCCUCUCUGAUUCAUGUAAAGGAUUGUGAGUGAUGUCGAUUUCAACUUCAUAGACACUGAAAAAACGAAAUUUUUUAUCACAAUCCGACUGAUUUCUCUGAAACAAAGAAACACAGUCAACCACACUGAACUAUAAACCAUAUUCCAAUGUUUUUGUUCAGCCAGAGUGAACUGAGUGCGAAGUACUGAGAAAUUAAAUGUUAUUAUAUCAAUGAUUUCAAAUAAUUUACAUGUAUUCUUCAUCUCUGAUUGUUAAUAAAGGCUUGUAAGUUACAUGUGUGCGAAAAAGUUUAAAAUAAUCUUAGCUGUUGUUCAUUUCUGAGUGUUUGAACUUUAAGCUUAAUUAUCUCGGAAUAAACUUUUUGGCGCUUAGUUCGGUUUAGCAGAACCCCGGCCAAGUCGAUCUAGAUUGUAGGUCAUCAUACCAAAAUUUGGUAUCAUUUAAUGAUUGUGUAGGAUAUUUUUUCGAAAUUUGAUAGUUUUUUUUAUGCAAUCCUGCAAAUUGUACAUUUUGGCUAAACGAAUGUCUAGGCAAAUGUUCUUUUUUUCUAUUAGGUUAUAGCAUAGCAUAGCAUAGCAUAGCCGACCGUACACAUCCUGGAGUGGCUGUCAAUAGAGACGUGAAAUGCGCCAGAAAAGUUGCCUGGGAGUUGACAAACCUUUCAUUGAACGAUCUCUUUGUUUGACACCUGGCCAGGUCCUUACGAUCAGCGGGGAUGGGGAGGAAAUGUUGAUUAGAUAUCUAUGAUAAGAUAAUGUCCAAGAACUUGGGCUACCUCAUAGAUAUCUGGAGUUGGAAAUUGGAUGGGGAGGUAUAUGGGAAGCUUUCCAUGGCGAAAAAGCAAAGCGUGUUGUUGAUUAACAUUUAAGAAUUGUCAUUUACCUGAUUACCGCUGGAAAAGUAAACCUUUGUAGCAAAAAGUUAAGGUUGUUUAAUCUCACCAUAAUUUAACUACGCUAGAUCGUCAUCCAGAAUGAUUAGGCUUUGAAGCAGCAACAACAGAAAAUGACAGCUGUGAGGAACCUGCUGUCCGAGUCCAGACGCCGCCGGGAAUCCAGUUACGUGAAUUAUCUGGUGAAUUUGAAGCGAAUCAGCGUACCGUUGAAAAUUACCAUAGCCGGUCACCAGAUUGUGAAAGAAAAGACGGCACAUAUCGGACAAUUCAGCAACUGCGGCCAAGAGUCCAUCAUCAGAAGUUCCAGCUGUAUUCUUCCUAUAGUUCAACACAAUUUGAUUUCAUCUUUACACAAAAUACUUCACCAAUAGCACUAAACGGUUGACAUCAGCCGAAUUCUAUUUAAGUCCAAAUUCCACGAGCACGAAAAAAAUCGUCAUGUUCUUUUUUCUAUUAGGUUAUGGCCAAAAAAUUAAUAAUAUAUUAUUUCAUCCAAUUGGCUGAUGCAAAUUACUUAGAAGAUCCUCCAAAAGUUAAAACAAGAACUUAAAAUUAUGACAGUUACGAAAAAAAUAGAAAAAAAAAUGCCUCAGCUAAACGAAUUUGACGGAUGUUCGUAGACAAAAUGGUUAUUCACAGAUAAAGCAUUCACAUAAUAACUGUGAAAGUGAAACAUACUUUGUCACGGUUAGGUCGUAACGCCAAGAAGAAGAAGAAGUACACUGUGUAAUAAACAGUUUUGGGCUUUGGCAUAAAAACCUCAGCUUAACAAAAUGACUAGCAAAAUUUCUUACAUCCACACUCAGUUCCACAUGCUAGGAGGUCCCAACCAAACUCAACUCUUUUGUUUGCUUUCGAUAGGGUUGAUCGAGUUCUUUCUACCCUUUCCAUUCAUUCGUGAACGCCUCGCUCCCACCCUGACCGUUCGUUCCGUCCGUCCCUUGGUCCCUCCAUCCGACCAAACCGGGAACCCCGCCAAAUUUCGACAACGGCGCGCGCGCGCGCGGUAGUGCCGCAUCGCGCAAAGGCCAGACCAGAACCAGACCGGCUCUACUAGGCUACAUUCCUCUCGCCUUAUAUAUGUGGCUCUCCAAUGGUCUCCAUCCAUCCUCAUACAAUUCUAUGCGCCUGAUAUCGUUCGUUCCGAGGGUACGGAAUGCGACGAGCGGUUGUGGAUACGGCGAGCGGCAUCGUGGAUCGUGUGGUCGUCCGCGUUGUUGUUGUUGUCGUUGGUUGUCGGCAGUCAGUGCGGUCGGUCGGUCGUUCUUCGUAACCAUAUUUUAUGAUGACGAUAGUGGUGGUGUUGCUUGCUGAUCUGCUACUCAGUCCCGUCUAGCCAGCCAGCCAGCCAGCAACAUAAAAAAGGCCGAUUAGAGUGAAUUUUUUGUUCCUCGGUUGAUCGAGCGAGCAGCGGUGGCGGAGGACGACGAUCCCUGCCCUGCCGUGUGUGCGAUUCGACUCGCCUGGGCCCCCUGUUUGGGACAGGGAUGCCAGAUGUGGCGGCAUGCACGCUAACGCCGCUCAGCACUAAAGUGCAUAAUUUCCAGACUACACCAAAAAUGUGUAACACUUGCACUUUCACAAAAUCAGCUCAUGUGUCCGCAAAAUCGUUAAGUUCGCAAAAUUUUUUGUACGGAAGUCUAGCUAGGUUUACUAGUGACCUAGGAAAACAAAAAAUCGACAUUUCGCAUCUAGACGAGUGCACGAGCUGUUUUUGUGAAUGUGUAACUGUUACACAUUUUUGUGUGGUCUGGAAAUUAUGCACUUAUGAGUGGAGCUUACACAUUCUAGGUGCUGAGUGGUUUUAGCGUGUGUGUGAAUUUUGACCUAUCUUACAAAGAAUUUCUAGAAUACCAGUUGGAAUCUCACUUUGAAUUUCAGGAGGAAUACCAGAACCAAGUCUUAGAAUUCUCGAAGAAACUCUUAAAAGAAUGCCACAUCAAUUUUCUAGAGGAAUCCCUGAAGAAGCUUGAGAAAGUUAACAAGGAACUCUUAGACGAAUCUUAGAAGUAACUCUUGAAAAAAAAAACAUUUAGAGAGAUCCCUCAAAGAAUUCUUGGAAUCAAGGCACGACUCAAGGACGAAUCUCGAAAAAAAUUUCUGUAAAAAUUCCAGAAGAAACUUCAGAACAAGUUCCUGAAAGCAACUCAGAUACAGGGGAUGGCCAAAAUGUUUGGGAUAGGCAACUUUUUUUCUCCCACAAAAAAAAUCAACAUACUGUAACUUUUCAUAGAGUGCAAAAAAAAAUCUCAAAUUUUGACUGUUUGUCAACCUAUUAUAUGUGCAUCAUUGGUACAAAUUUGGGCUCGAUUGAUUAAUAUUUCGCGAAGUUAGAACCGUUCGGGUAAAACACUAUUUUUUAGACAACUAAUUUUUGAACUGUCAUAUCUCGGAAACCGGUGAACCGAAUUGAAUGAAUUUUUGAACGUUUAUCAACAAUAUAUUGAUACAUAAUACGACGUUAUAUAAUGUAACAUUUUCUCACGGCGAAUUAAGUUAUACCGGGUUGAAAUUUUUACCCAUAUAGAGGAAAAUAAGUCAAAUUUACAAUACCCCACAAAAAUUAUUAAAUGUGUUCUUCCUUCAAUCUAAAUAGGCUCUAAUAUAUCUGAUUAGAGAUAAUUUCAGAACAGAAGUGGAAAAUCUUUGGAUAUCAACACUAAAAUGUAUUGACAUUGAUGUGGAAAAAUUACAUUUUUUAGAGAAAAAUUCAAAAAGUGUCAAUCCAUGAUAACUUUUUUCAACGUUUAAAAAGUACCUAUGUUUAAAUAGAUUGUGAAGCAUUUACAUAUUGUUAGUGUACGUUUAAAAUUUAAUUCAAUUCGGUUGACUGGUUUCCGAGAUAUGACAGCUCAAAAAUGAGUUGUCUGAAAAAUAGUGUUUUACCCGAACGGUUCUAACUUUGCGAAAGAUUAAACAAUCGAGCCCAAAUUUGUACCAAUGAUGCACAUAUAAAAGGUUGACAAACAGUCAAAAUUUGAGAUUUUUUGAUGCACUCUAUGAAAAGUUACAGCAUUUUGAACUUUUUUGUGAGAGAAAAAAAAGUUGCCUAUCCCAAACAUUUUGGCCAUCCCCUGUAAUAUUGCUGGGGGAAUUGCAGUAGCAACUGUAGAAGGAAUCAAAUAAUAAAUUCCUGGAAUAAUUCCACAAGGAACCUCUGGAGGAAUCUCAGAAGAAAGGCCAAGAAAAUCUUAGAAGGAGCUUCUGGAAAUAAUCCACAAGUAUUUCCAAGAGGAUUCACUAUAAGGAUUGAAGCUACUAUAGAGACCAAGAAUACCUCUACAUCUCUUCAACCACCACGAUAUAGGUGUUUAUUUGUUAAAGCAGUGGAUCAGAUUUUCUAUUGAGAGUAGUUUAUACAGAUGAUCAGGACCGGUUAACCUUCCUUUCGCAUCACGUUGGCAGCAGCUCGACUAAGGGGGCUGGGGCCAUGGCCUCAGGCCCUCACAAUUCAGCCCUCCUCACACAAAAUUCCAGUUCACGCACAAGAAACAAGAUGUAUUGCUAGAUACAAGUCUUGAUUUUAUUUUAUAUACAGUCAGGUUUUUUUACCGCGUAAAAAUAAACCGCGUUAAUUCAAAAAUCCGCGUAAAUGAAAACCGCGUUAAUUAAAAAAUCCGCGUAAAUGAAAACCAUAUUUUAUAACUUUUAACUCAAUAAUUUCCUUCUUGAUUUUAUAUUAAAAAAUGAACUCAACGAAUUAUUUUAAGACAACAUUUUAAGAUUUUUGCCUGUUACUCAAAAUUUCUACAAGUUACACAAACUGCCAAGCUAUUGUUUAAAGGUUUAAAGCUUUUACCAUCAUUGAUGACGUCAAACCCGACAUCAACCUAUCAUUCACCUAUUUUUAUUUUGGCCACCAAACCCAACAUGGACCCAAUACUUGGUCGAUGUUGGUCCAACA